GCACAGGCUAAAAUGUAAACAAACUACGCUAAUGAAUUAAACUUCUUAUGCACCGCAUAUCAUUUCAUUACAACGUUUUUGAGACUUCGGAAUGCAAAGCCAUGAACACUGCUCGUUUUAAUUUACGUUAUGAACUAAAGUGUUUAAUGUAAAUUAAUAUCAUUAUUCCUCAUGCUAGUGUGUGCUGUGGUUAGCUUGCUAGCUGCCUAACAACAUGGCAAACGUUUCAAACGGCCCUGUGGGUUACAGUUUACUGUAACGAUCAGUGCAUGAGGAUGUCGGAGGAAGACAACGGGGAAUGUUACGGACAACAACAGAAUGACACAGCAGGAGGGGGAGGGAGGGCUAUUUAAAAGCCGAAACAGGAAGACUUGUGUUUAUUGCUCAGAAGCUGAACUUGUGGAGGACAUGAACGAGCAUUACAGUACCGUCAUUUAAACAAAGAGCACUAAACAUGGAUGAAGACAGGGAGAGUGUUCUGGAAGAUAUAGUGUCCAGGUUGAAGCGGACCCCGAGUGGCAUCCGCAUCAAAAAGCUGGCCACAUUCUAUCCGCCGGCACCCACCUUGGGAUUUUUAUCGAUGGCUGACUUAGUCAAAUCACUGAACAAAGAUCUGGUCGUGGAGGGAAAAAUGGUGUUUCAUAGAGACCAUCAAGGCGAAAGACAGGCAGCAGCAGUUGUGGAAAACCUUGUGGCAAUGAUGAGAGAACACCCAAAAGGCAUCUCUAUGAAGAUGAUUACUAGAAUCUACAGCCAGAUAUACCACCACAACCUGUCCGUAGCAGCACUGGGCUUUAAUAAGAUCGACGACCUGAUAAUGUCUUUGAAAGAAGAUCUGGUUGUGAGGGGGAAGUUGGUGUUUCACACCAUUCACCUGCCUCAAGCUCGACCUGAAGCUGGGACCUCAACAGAAGCUACAGUGAACAGCAGGCCUGCGACUCCAGGAAUAACCCAGCCCCUCGCGGCCGAUACCAGUCCCCCCGCUGCCCCUGCACCACAGGUUGAAGCAAGCUGCCGAUUUGUGCCUCCCACUCCCAUUAGUUUCCUUGGUCCUCCCUUGUUUUGCGCUGGCUCUUCAUCCUGCAGCCAGGGUCCUUCUCUUAACCCACAGCUGGCUGCAUCCAAGCCACCCGAGCCACGGACCCAGCAGCAGCUGUACCAGAGAGUCGUAGAGGUGACGAAGAAGUAUCAGCUGAUCGCUCCGUCAAUGGAUCAGCUCAGAAGCUGCUACUUAAAGCACUUUGGUGAAGAGCUUCCCUCACAGCAGUACAUGUCUCUGUAUGACAGCUGGGAAGCUAAGAAUCGACCCAGUCAUUCUGAGGCUGCAGUAGAUUCCAGCACAGCAGGAGCUCAAGCCCGUAAAGGAGAGCCUGACAAGGAGCAGUCCCAACCAGCCACAACCAGCUUCUUCAAUGCUUCUGACUUUCCAGCGCUGGGGUCCAAUGCAAACUCAACCACAGAGCAGAAGAGCAAAACAAGGGAUGCGGCUCGGAAAGAAAGCGAUGUCACCGUGUUCAGAGAGCGCUAUCACGCCCAGCUCAGAGAUGUUCUCGGAGCCACCAUGCGGGCGGUGGAGGCCGUGGCGGGGGACGAGGAGGAGCCCAGGGGGAGGAGGAGAAGCAGGGCUAUUAACGAGGAUACAGUCAACAGUCUGAUGGAGGACGUGAGGAGAGAAAUCUCCUCAGAGGGAGAGCUGGUCACGAAAGAGAGAGUAAUAGCCAGAGUUUGCCAGCUUAUGCAGAUUCCCUCUUUGGAGGCUGGAAGGUUAAAUCCAUGGAAGAUUUCAGCUUUAAAAGACCUUCAGUACAUCACAAGAGAGGUCAACAUGUUCAUAGAGUCCACUGAAGCGGUGUCGUCGGUCUGUACCCUGUACGAGCUGGGCCAGUCCCUGGCUGGGCUGAAGGACAAGAAGCACUUUGAGGAGCUGAACCUGGGGCCUCUCUGCAAACUGCCCCUCGUUCACCGCAUGUUCAAGAUUGACAGCAACACCAAGGACGACGACAUCCCCCAGAUUAAGACAGUUGACAUUCUAAGGCAACUUCAGAGUUUUCGAAGGAGGCAAAGCAAACCAAAAGUAGACCUGGCUGAGUUCAUGAAGCAUCUGGCUGAUCACUACAACUGUGAAUCCCCCUACGAGCUGGGCAUCAGGAUACACAGUGUUGCUCUGCCUAUUUCAACUGUAAUGAAGGUGAAUCGCUGUGAGCACGCCUUCUUGGAUCAAGCCAGAGAGGUCAUCCAGAAAGAACUGGAGGAGGAAACCCAGGAGCGGUUGAGGAAGAUCAAGAAGAGUGUGUUGGAGCCCGUGCAGGGAGCAGGUUCCGUCUUUCCCACAGCAAACUCGGAUCUCAGGAAAAAGUAUGCGUCUUUGGCGGCAUCUGAGGUCGUGCUGGCGGUGUUCUCGAACGCAGAGGGGGUGUUCAGCCCGAGGAUGAAAAAGCACGUCCAGGGCUUCCUGCUGCAGGUGUCGGGCGAUCGGUUGGCGACGGCCUUGUUCCAACUGGCCAUCUGCGGGGGCUCCUUGGAUGUCCCACAGGACCUGGUGCCUAAAGAUAAAACAUCUAAAGCUGCAGAGCAAACUAGGAAGGAGGAGAAUUCCACUGCAUCACUUCCCAGUGAAGCCAAACUUAAGCAGUACUUGAAAGACAGCCUGUCCUCCCUGAACUCCGCCGUCACGUUGGCUCACAUUGCCUCACUGGAGAGGAAGUUGUCCAAACACUUUCAGGUCAAAGAUUUCCUGUCAUUGGAGCAAGGCAGCUUCCUGGAGUUCCUGGUUAAAAACAGUCAGUUGCUGCAGGACACACUGGGAUCUACACUGACUCUGGGCAGUAACGGCAUCGGACUCGCAGGAAGUGGUUUCAGACCCACCAGACAAGACGUGUUCGAAUUCAUCAAACAGUGUGGGGACGUAACCAGCACUGACCCAGAUGAACUCUUCCACAUUGAAUCAGCACUGAGAUCCCACUACAAGGUGCGGGACAGUCGGGACCUGGGCUACGGCACUCUGCACAUGCUGGUUGGCCUCGUCCAACGUCAGAGAGGGCUGGGUGGAGGAGGACUGACCCAGGUCUUCUAUGAGUCUGCUCUCUUUGCCAAAUCUGGCAAAUCAAGCUCUGAAGGUGAAUGUGAGACAGUGGGGCGGCUCGGUGAGGUGUCUAAGGCCCAGGCCCUGGCCAGCUUGCUGUCCUGUCCUCUGCUGGAGGAUUUAAGUGAGUGGAGCCAGUGGGAGCUGGUUUUUAAACCCGUUCAUGGAUCCCUCAAAGAUUUUAUUGAGAGAAAUGCAGCUGAUACAGACCUAGCAGCAUUGGAGGUCACACCAGGUUUGCUGCUCAGGAUCACCACACGCACUGGAGACAAACAUUUCUACAGCGCCUCUGCGAUCCUCGACCCGGUUGGCACAGCUGGUCACCUGAUGUCCAUGGUGGCAGCCGACGGCAUCGUCAACGCUCCGAUGGCCCUCCUAGCCAAUCACAUGGAGAACUCCCUGGCUGCAGCUGUGGCCAAAGAAGAUUUGUCCCAGGCUGAGGAGGAUGUGUCAUGUUACAGCAGAGUGGCCAAAUUCCUCUUGGCGUGUUUGACUAGAAUCCCCACCAAAACCUGCCAGGCUCUUCUGCAGCAGGUUUUCCUGGAGCCUUUCUCCAACGUGCUGGGCAAAGCCAAGUCUAAACAGGUCCUCAUCACCGUGGCCCAGUCGGACCCAAGACACGUGAACUGUCUGCACCGCCUGGGCAUCCUGCUUGGCAUCACUGAAUGGAACAAAGACUACCAGAAAAAGCUCAACCAACCACUGAUCCAGAACCACAUAGUGGAACAGACCAAGGCUAAUUUGGUUGACUCUGCAAGCAGCAGUUUGUCAGCUCUAAAUAUAAGCGAAGAUGAUGUUGACGAUAACGUCAUGGAGAACAGCUUUGCCUCCUCUCAGCUCAACCAGAGCUCACAACAAGGUAUUGGCGAGCAUGACGUGGAGAUCGAGGAGGAGUUGGAUGACGAAGAGCUGUUCGAGUUGGCCUCGCUGCCGAACGGAGCUGCGUCAGACGUCAGCAGCGAAGCUGAAGGAGGCCAGAGUGAACAGUCAGAAACAAUUGAUCCCAAUGAAAAUGAUGCUGUCGGAAGCCAACCCACGGACACAUUAGAUCCCCAAAGAGCAGUAAUUGAGGACAUCAGGAAAAGUGAGUUUGGCAUUGGUGUGGAACUGACUGCUGAAGGCCAGAAGCUGAUGCAAGUUCACCAGGACAGGCUGGGCCGCAGCUUGGAGCGCCUCUCUACUGAGCUCUACAGCAAAGACACGCACUUUGUCUUGGAACUCAUUCAGAAUGCUGAUGACAACAGUUACCCAUCAGAGGCCAAUGUGGUUCCAUCACUUGCCUUCGUGGUGGAGAGAGACUGCAUCACCAUCCUCAACAAUGAGACUGGUUUCCUGGAGAAGAACAUCAGGGCUAUCUGUGAUGUGGGAUGCAGCACUAAGGGCAAACACAAAUAUGGAUACAUAGGACAAAAGGGAAUUGGAUUCAAGUCUGUGUUUAAAGUCACAGACUGUCCUGAGAUUCACUCCAAUGGCUUCCACCUGCGCUUUGACAAGACGUGUGGCUCAAUGGGAUACAUCCUUCCCCACUGGACUGAAGAUGAGAGGCCUUUGGACACACAGCUACCGCCCUUGAAACAGCUUAGCUGGACCACUAAGAUCUGCCUCCCUCUGCGCGCUGACAACCAUCAAACCAGGAACCUGUUUCACGACGUGCACCCUUCCCUGCUGCUUUUUCUGCACCGGCUGCGCUCCAUCACCAUCUACAAUCAGAGUGAAAAUCGCCUUGUGACAAUGACUCGUAAAGACCUGAGUCACAACGUGCUGGAGGUGGAGCACACAGACGGCAUCGAUCGCUGGCUGGUGGUCAAAACCGCACUGAAGCCCAAGAAGAUCAAAGACGGCGUGGACUCGACUGAGCUCGCUCUGGCCUUUCAGCUUGGCAGCAACAGCGCAGGGAGCGACAUUGUCUGCCUGCCUCAGAAGCAGCCUGUGUUCGCGUACCUGCCCCUCCGUAGCUUUGGUUUCCGAUUCAUCAUCCAAGGUGAUUUUGACAUCCCUUCUUCACGCGAAGACGUUGACAGAGACAGCCCCUGGAACCAGUGGCUUCGAUCUGAGAUACCACAGCUGUUCCUGCAGGCUAUGGAUGUCUUCUCUGAUCACCAGGAGUUUAAGGGUCUGAAGGGUCUCUGUCAGUUUUUGCAGUUUAUCCCCCUUCCUGACGAGGUGCUUGACUUCUUUAAGCCUGUUGCCGGGCAGAUUAUUCAGCUGCUCAAGGGCAAAGCCUUCCUGCCAACGCUCGACUCAGAUGGCAAGACUGUGUACAGGUUGCCGUCCCAAGUGGCCGUCUGUCAGGAUGCUGUGAUUCGCGACGUGAUUGGAGGAGACGAGCUGGAGAGGCAUCUCUCCCUGUCCUACCUCCACCCAGGCUUAAGCCCCGCCCCACCCAUCACCCUGCUCACUCACCUGGGAGUUCGAUACCUGCGGGGAUCAGACGUUACCACGGUAACCACGGCCAUGGUAAAGGAGUUGAUGAAUGUGAAAGGCAUACAUUCAGAUGGUGGACUACGGCAGCUGGCUCGUCUGCUCGUUUGCAACUUCCGGGCUCUGGAGCACGGUUAUGGAGACACAGACUCAAUCUUGCAGACUCUCAGGGAACUACCCAUAAUCCCUCUGGCUGACGGGCGUGUGGUGGCACUUACCACGGAGGGAGUGUUCUUUCCAAUGGAAGAAACAAAGGCCAAGAAGAAGAAAGCUCAAACUCAGACAGAUCCUCUGUCGGCACUGUACAAGGAUGUAAAUGUAGUUCACCCGUCCCUGCUGAGCUGUGUGGAGCCUCUGGAGAGUCAGCAGGUUCGAGAGCUGCUGAGAAGACUUGGAGUUCAUGAACUGGAGCCCCAAGAGCUGCUGGAGCAGCACAUCUACCCCUCGAUUAGGAGCAAUAAAUGGAAGACAAAGCCAGAGCCAGUCGUGGUGAGUUACUUGGUUUUCAUCAAGCAGCAUUCAUCCUCCAGCCAGGAGUGUGCCGACACCGCAGUACCCGUCCUCACCAGCAGGGGGCUGCUGUGCCCAGGACAGAGCAAGGUGCACUUCUCUGAGGAGUACGGCAACAUGGACCUGCCGAAGAAACUUCCCGGCUACGACUGGAUCUUGCUGAGUCCCUGCUACAUACAGACAGAUGGUGAUGUAGCGGGGUGGAGAGAGCUGUUCAGCCGGCUGGGCGUCAGAGACGGCCUCAUCAUCCGUAAAGAAAGACAAACGCUCACUGCCAAAGACCUGGUCUCCAGCCCUUGGUCGCUUGAAAGCGCGAUGUGGCACCAGAACCCUGAGGAGGCCUGCGUUCUCGACGACUACCCCUGUGAGGAGUUCCACGCCCUGGCCACAGCCCAGCUGCCUGGUCCCGACCUCCUGCAGCAGAGAACGGCCCUACUGGACCUGCUGGCCAACAACUGGGACACCGGACACCACUACUCCCAGUACCUCACGGCACAGGUGAUCGACAGCGACGAGCGCCCGGUCAAAAGCGCCAGGUCCUCCUUCUAUCACCUCCUGUGCCGUCUUGACUGGAUGCCGGCCUAUCGCCCCGUGGAGGGAGGGGGGCAGGAGAGAAAGUACCUGUGCCCGAACUCGGUCUACAUCAGCUCGCCCGAGGUCACCAGCCUGCUGGGGACUCACGUGGACUACGUAGACAUCCACCCUAGCGAGUUCAGCAGAGCUCUGGGAAUGAGACAAACCAUCUCAGUGGACGUGCUGAUAGACUACCUGAAGAAGUGGUGCGUCAAGACGGAGGCAGAGAGCGAGGAUCAGAGGCCGGCGGAGGACGAGUCGGGGGGCGCCGAGUUCACCUCCACGGUUCAACACAUUUACAAUGUCUACAACUAUCUGUACACACACUGUCCUCAGAGCAGCCUGAAGGAGCUGUUCCAGCACACUCCCGCCGUGUUCAUCGAAUAUAACAGGCGCACGGACUGGUGCUCCGGUCGCUUCUACCAUCUGAAGGAGGUGUGCUGGAGCGACCCAACGUUCAUGUUCCAGCGCUACAAGCAGCUGACUCAUGCCCCAGACAGCCCCGUCCAGGAGCCCAAGCUCCUGGCUCCCUUCUACCAGCCGCUGGACGGCAUGAGGGACUUUUUCACCAAACUGCUUGAUGUGGACCAGAGCCCGAAUAUGAAGCAGUAUGUUGGUUUGUUGGAGCUGAUCUGUGCGUCGUCUCCCAUACCGACGUCUGAAGUGCUGCAGGAUGUGUCGGUGCUGUAUGCAAGACUGGCUAAAAAGUGCAAGAUUAAAGUACCUGGGGACCUGGACAACGUCCCUCAACUCAACCAUGCUUACUGCUCUACCUUGAAGGGUAUGGUGUCUGAGAAAAGGGUCUUCCCCACCAAAGAUAACACCUGGGUGAGCCUGGCUCGUAAACCUAUGAUCGCCGACAGCAAAGAACUGGAGAAGGUCUUCAAGCCUCACAAGCAGGUGUGUCUGCUGAACCUGCCGCCAGCAGAGAAGAAGGCUGCUUCCAGAAGCAGAACUGGGAAGCUGAGCCACACAGCCUCAGGACAACCGACCCACACCUUCAACGAGGAAGACCGACUGUUGUUCCUGGAGAUCUGUGGUGUCCGUUUGCUCUCACAAUGUGUCAAGACUGAAGCUCAGACUGAGAACCUGAGGCCCUGCCCGUCCAUGCAGGACUUGGUGCGCUCACUCGUUCCCUAUAUCCAGAGGUUCCUCUACCAUCACGACGAACUGGCUGACGUCUACUCAGAGCUGAUGGAUAACAACAUAGGAGAAAAAAUUAGGCGGCUUUACUUUGGACAGGUGGGCAAGUUGUACAUUCGCUACCAGUUGGACGUCGCUGACAGUGACGAAGGUGUGGUGGAGCUGCAGGAUGUCAUCUGUCUGCUGAAGGACGAGAAGGAGCUGUAUAUUCAGAAGGACCACCUGACCGCCAAGCUGGACAUCGGCAGGGAGCUGGUGAAGCUGUUCUGUACAGAGACCAGCCACAGGAAGGAGCUGAUGCAUUUCCUCAGCGGCCUGAUAGCCUCGCUCAGCGACGAAGCAGCUUUGAAGCGAUUCUUGCGUAAGGAGGACAUCAAAGAGCUGCCCAGUGAGGAGGAGCAGUGGGAGGUCCCAGAGCCUCCCAAACCUGAAAUCAACCUGGAGAGAGUGCUGUCGAGGAGUUAUUCCUCCACCACCUCCCUAGAGGAGCCACCUCGCCUAGCGUGUCAGGAUGGAGAACAGACGCUGGCUUGCUGGCCUCCUCGAGCAUCUAUAGCCAACACAGGAGCCACCAGACCAGGCCAGGCCGACGGGGGUGUGGUGGAAGCCAUCAUGAAGAUGUGGCCGCCUCCACCUGCUCCCAAAGACAAAAACCCAGAGAAGGAAGUCAGCCAUGUCACCCUUCAGGCUUCCAGCAGCUGUGAAGCCAACCAGCCAAUAAGGAGCGGCAGCAGCAGAGCAGGAGAGCCCCCCAUCGCUCAGAAGGCCUUCAGCGGCGCGGCGCCACCAACCCCCGCUGCUCCGAGCCCCAGCAAAACCACCAGCUCCCAGCCCCCAGAGCGCAGUCAGCGGAGCGAGGCUGCUGAGCCUGACAGAGCUGGGGGUGGAGAGGAAAGCCUCGCAGCUCCCAGACCGUCGCCGAGUCCUCCAUCUGCAGCAUCGGCCGAGGCCGCCGGCGACCGGCUCGCUCCAAACGCCCCCGGUGCCACCGGCGCCGUUCCCGAGGCCGUGGUGGUCUCCGGUACUUUUCAGGGGACUUCAGACGCUCAGCGCCCUCCUGUGACCCUGAACUUCCCUCUGUGGAACAACGUCCAGCCUCCACAGCCCACGCUGGAGGACAUGGAGCUCACCUGCCAGAGGCCCACUACAGUGAUACUCUCGGACGACGUGAUGGACGUGGCGGCGAUCGGGGAAUGGGGAGAGCAGCUGGUGAACUCCUUCCUGUGCCACUGGAGGGACAGCGGCGCCCCCGGGCGGCCCGCCGGCGUGCUGUGGAGCAACGAGGGCGGCGAGAGCGGCGAGCCCUACGACUUCAAGCUGACGUUCGAGGCGGGCGCGAGGCCGGAGGCGGUGUACGUGGAGGUGAAGUCGACGGUGAAGAAGGAGAAGGCCUUCAUCCACCUCUCCGCCAACGAGCUGGACUUUGCGCUGAGAGAGCGGGAGCGCUACCACGUGUACCGGGUGUACAACGCGGGGGACGCCCAGAGCGUCCGCCUCUGCCGCAUCCAGAACCUCGCACAUCAUCUGCACAGAAAAGACCUGCAGCUUUUUCUCUUCAUUUAAAGUGUGUGAAGGGAUCAACAGGCCAGAUGCCUUUUUAAGUCUGAUAUUGAAUGUUUUACUCGUGCUUUUAUCACUACUUAUUACGAAAUUUUGCACACAAAUGUUUCUUUUCACUGUUUAACGUGAUAUUUUUUGUUGUUUUUUUAGUCCUUUUUACUAUUUUAAAUGUCACCAGGGGCAUAUACUGAGUGUUUUAAUGUUUCCAGUCCCUCUACCUCACACUAUGAUUCCUUCAAAAUAGAAAAUGGAAAAAAUAAAAUCUUAUUCCUGUCAGCUGUAUGAGGAUGAUGUCAUUCUAACCUCAGUGAGAGCAACAAUAACAGCAACAACAGGCGGUGAAGAAACGGGCAGCUGAGGGUUAAGGUGAAGUGUAAGCAGAGCAGAGUGGACAGGUCCCUCGCAGGCUCCCAUCGCUCCUGGUAAUUACACUGUCACUGUGAACAAACUGUACUUUGAUGGUGAGGACACAAAGAGCAUUUAUGCGGUGCUCACACGGCUCCUCCGCUUAUCUCUGAUCACUUCCGAAGGUCCUGUUGGUGCAAAUGUUACUCAACAUCUUAUGAAAGACAAACGCCUAAUCUGUGCAAGGCACAUGUUUGAAAAGUCCCACUACUUGUCUGUGUAGUUGCUGCAGGAUGGUGAUUUCUGCAGAACAGGACACCUAAUGGCCAUGUGAUGAGUGUUGGUGGAGAGACCAGAACUUGCCUCUGGGGACAGCACCUCCCCGUUUCCAUCUCGUGAUGCAACCUCUCUGUAACCGGGGGCUGUUUUCUGUAGAGGAUCGCUCAUGGGCGACGCACCACGAAAUGUAUUAAAUGACCCAAUAAUGACAUGUUACUGAUCUGUGGAAACAGCGAAGGCGAAGAGAAGUGUUAUGACAGAGCGAUGCACCUCAGCUUUGAUGUGAGAUUGAGCCACAGUCAUGAGAGAGGCGACUGCUGGCUGAGAUUUGUUGUUUCACAGACACUGCGUUUAUAUUAGAACUGGGACUCAAGCGCUGCAUAGAUGCUGCCACUGUAUUCGACUUGAGGCAUUCAAGUACAGCUUGUAAAACAAAAAAAUGUUUGUGUUAAAUAAAAAACAUGUCUAAAUAA